AUGACUUCCAGCGAGCAAUUCCCAGAUUACCCGUUGACCACAACAGCUUUGACGAUAGCAAACAUCAACCUCCGAGAUAUCAAACAACAACUAGGCGAAAUAGCUCCAACAUUGACCUCGUCUCAUUACCGACCUCAGUUUAUCGAUCCACUGCCAAUAGCUGGGACCAAACUACCGCCAGUCGACUGCUUUUCUCCGAUCAACACACUUCAGUACCUGCAAACCUAUAGUAAAGACUCACUACCAAACGACGUAGCAAAUUAG